AAGCUGUCGUGUUACUUCUCCUUCUCCUCCUCCUCCUCCUGAAGCCAAACCGGAGAAGAACGGCAGAAAACUCCACGGCGUUAAAUUGAUUUAACCUCCGGGAAAACUCGCCGGAGAGGAGCUCCACGGCGGCUCCGGAUCUCCAAACGCCUCCAGCCGUCGGUUGACUCGUGGCGAGUGUCAGAGAAGACAUGGGAGGAAGAAGUGGUGUCCGGAUGAAAGACGAUUUUAAAAGUUGAAGGUCUGCAAAGUUGGCUCAGGAUGAGUCCUGCCCUUCAUCAUAUGUCCACCGACACUCUGCUGUGUCUUUACAACUUUCUGCAGCGACACUCAGUCAGACCUCCAAUCAUGUGCUUGUGAUGAUACAGGACACCCUCUGCCCUUCCCGCGUCCCAUUCCUGUUGUCUGAAACUGUGACACGUCUUUCCUCCUGAACCUCUCCUCCCCCUCCUGAACCUUCCCUAUCUUUGCCAUGCUCCGUAAAAGAGGCUCUCUCAUUUUUUGUGGCACUUUCCUGUUUGUCACCUGGAACGCCAUCCUGGUGCUCCUGUUGUGGGGCAGGCCGCAGCCGGGUCAGCCGGGGGAGGCAGGCCAGGAGCAGGGAGCACCGCUGGAAAUCCCUUCCGACGACGUGGUGGGAGAUGUGCUCCGGAUGGCGGACACCUUCGAAGCAGAGCUGGAGAGGCAAAAAGAAAUCCUCCUGCAGAUCCAGAAUCAUCAAUCGCUGUGGGAGCCGUCGAACGGAAACAAGGUGAAGGCGGUCGCCCCCGAGCAGCCCAUCAUUCCCAUCCUGGUCAUUGCCUGCAACAGGGUCACCGUGAGGCGCUGCGUGGACAAACUCCUGCAGCACCGACCUUCAGCAGAGCACUUCCCCAUCAUAGUGAGCCAGGACUGUGGGCACGCAGAGACGGCUGAGGUGAUCCGCUCCUAUGGAGAUAAAGUCACUCAUCUGAAACAGCCGGAUUUAUCAGACAUUGCGGUGCGGCCAGAGCACAAGAAGUUUAAGGGUUACUACAAGAUCUCCAGACACUACCGCUGGGCUCUCAACCAAGUGUUCAGAACGCUCUCUCAUUCCUCUGUCGUGAUUGUAGAGGAUGACCUGGAGGUGGCACCAGACUUCUUUGAAUAUUUCCGAGCCUUGCUGCCACUCCUGAAAUCUGACCCCAGCCUGUGGUGUGUGUCGGCCUGGAACGACAAUGGCAGGGAUGGCUACGUGGAUCCUGGCAAGGCUGACCUGCUUUACCGGACCGACUUCUUUCCAGGCCUCGGGUGGAUGCUGGUCAGGGAGGUGUGGGAUGAGCUGGAGCCCAAGUGGCCCGCUUCCUUCUGGGAUGACUGGAUGCGCCAGCCGGAGCAGCGCCGCGACCGUGCCUGUAUCCGCCCGGAGGUCUCACGGACUUUGACUUUUGGCCGGCAGGGCGUGAGCCUGGGCCAGUUUUUCGACAAGUACCUGCGCUACAUUAAACUGAACACCGAGUUUGUGCCUUUCACCAAGUUAGACCUGAGUUACUUGAAGGAGGAGACGUACAAACAGAAUUUUGAGAAGGAAGUUUACAGUGCUCCCGUGGUGACAUAUGAAGCUGUGAAGCAGGGCCAGCUCACAGGACCUGGACCUUUCCGCCUUCAAUACUCAAGUAAGGACAGUUUCAAAAUGAUGGCCAAAAACCUGGGUGUCAUGGAUGACUUGAAGUCUGGAGUCCCGAGGGCAGGUUACAGAGGAGUCGUCAGCUUCAUCUCUAGAGGACGGAGGAUCUACUUAGCCCCGCCUCCAGGAUGGAGCAAGUAUGACCCCACCUGGAGCUGAGAAUCCAGAUGGAUAUUCCAGACCAAAGACGAAAAUGACUGACGAUGCAGAAUGGGCUGUCCCUCUCUGAUGUAGCUGUUCUUGCCAAUGAUACUCAGGUCUUUUUCAUUAAUCCAAAAUGUUUCUUACAGUGUAGGAUGCAGCCUAAACCAUUUGUUAGACAAAUCUGCUGUAAUUCACCAGAGAUCUAUUUUUUAUAUGAUGCUAAUUGUGCACAUGAAAUUCAUUAAUGCAUUCAAUGCAACUGCCUAGUUUGCCACUUUAAAUUAUUUGCAGUUCCUGGUAAUCUGUGUGACCUGUUUACGUCUGGUACAAAUGAGAAAACAUAAUCUGUGGUCUUCUAGUAUUGGUGAGUGGUCAUAACUGCAGCAUAUUCUGUCAUUUGAUUCUAUGAAAAUCACUUCUGCAUUUUAUGUCAGAUAAUUUAGUUUGAUUCUGCACUGUAGUACUCUUUGCAGGUUUGUUACCUUGCAAACUGCUACACUUGUGUAUUUGUAUAUUUUUGGAAUAAAAAAAAUAAUCCACA